GCUAUUAUCCCGGUUUUGGGGAUGUAAUAUCCUGUAGAAUCUUCUUCGAUGUAGGGUUGCUUUUGCGUUUCGUCCAAUACAAAUACGUAUUACUUGGCUCUAUGAAACGAGCGAGGCACGGAAAAUAGUGAUGGGUAAAGGAGGUUUGUUCAGGGGGAGAGAGUAUUAAGUGGUGAUAUUUCCCAUCGUGCUGGCACAUCUUCAAGUUUACUUGCACAUCUUCAAGUUUACUUGCACAAAGUCAAUACAAAUUAUCUACUCGAGUGCUAUUCUCUCCAUUUUCUUGCCAUCAUAGCGAUGCUAUUCUCCAUUUCUUCUAUAUUUUGCUAUUUUUCCUUAAUUUCUACAUCAGAAAGUGCACCAUUUCUCAAACCAAGCAACGAAACUACCACAGGAUGGGUAGCUGAUCCUAAUGGCCGAGGCACAUUUUCCCUCGUCGUUUCUUGUCUCUUGACUUUAUCGCUGUGUGUUUGGUCGGCUAUGCAUCUCAAUAUUCCGAGGCCAGAUCAUCCUGCAAUUCAUGAAUAUAUCAGAGGGAUUAAAUGGGGGAUUGUGGGCGUUUUUGCUCCUGAGUUGGUCGUGUUUGCGGCUUGGAGACAGUAUAAUUCUGCGGCGGCUUUGCGGGAUUCGGUUCAGAAGAGGAUUGCGGAGGGUGUGCAAUCUCAGGACGGGAUUACAGAGGUGGUAAGGUCUGAGCCUAGUAAAAAGGAUGGAAGAUUUGAAGAGGUAAUCAUUCUGUUCUUUCUUCUCAGUGAGCUACUUUGAAGAGGAUAUAUUCGGGGAGACUUAUUAGUUUACUGAUGGGUAUUAGUUUAGAAUUCCUCCUCCCAAAUUCGAAGCACAGGAAAUCAUUUCACCCUGGACUACCGUUCACGGCUUCUAUGCCGGUAUGGGAGGUUUCGUAUUCGAUUUCGAAAAUUCCUCAGACAACACUCCACCAUUCAUCCCCCCAUACACCCGCUUAACACUCACUGCCCGUGGCGUCAGUCUCCUAGCACAAUGCGGCCACCUACCAAACAUAAGCAAGCGAGAAAUAGUCGACAAAAGCAAAGCCGACACGAUGGCCAAACUUCUCGUUAUUGUCCAAGCCGGCUGGAUGCUCGUACAAGUCAUCGGACGACUAGUGGCUGGUCUUCCAGUCACUCUUCUGGAAGUCAAUACUUUGGGCCAUGUUCUUUGCGCUUUUAUCAUCUAUCUAUUAUGGUGGCAUAAACCUCGCUCUAUAAUGGUUCCUACUAAAUUGGAAGGAGAUUGGGUGAAACCCCUCUGUGCGUAUAUGUACAUGAGUAGUCAAAUCAGUGGACACGAUAGCAAGCAUCCUGGAAUCCUCAAGCGAUCAUGGAAGGAUUCGGAAUUAUCGAGGUUUGCGUAUGUUCCCCCGGAAACAAAUGACGCAGCUCUUGAGGAACUCAUAAGUGAUAUCACACCAUCCAAUUCCACAGCAGAGGAAGCUCCAAUUUCCGACCUCGAUACCACAAUUGAAAAUCUACAUGCAGCUGCCAAAAAAUCUCCAUACGGAUUCUUCGUCCCGUCAAAAUCCUACCUCAACGCAGAUGGAACAUCAAAACGCGACCCCGACGACAAAGAAAAUGCACAAUACCUGCUAACCGCCAGUCCUGAACAACUUGCACGCUGGCAUCUAGCAGCCCAGGCCAUCCACAGCCAUCCGGCCCUCUACUCACGCUUCACACCGCACCGCACUAAUACCAAUAUCAAUACCAGUACUUUAAACUCAACCGCACUAACACAAACCCCCAAUGCGACCGCACAAACAACACACGAACCCCUCCUCGAACAACUCCUCUCAAUCUCCUCCUCCAACUGGCCCAGCGAAGAUCUCCUCCGUAGCACCGGCGGCCUAAUAAUGGGCAUGACACUCUGGCUCGCCAGUAUACUCUUCGGAAGCGUCCACGUAGCCGCAUGGUACGAUUACUUUCCAUCAUUAUUCGAACAAUGGAUGUGGCGAGCCAGCGCCAUCUACAUUAUAUUUUCCGGGGCGUUAUGGUUAUGUAUUAAUGGGGUUGCGCGGGCGAGUAAACGGGUUGAUGAUUUCUGGGAUCGGUUUCUGGCGUUGCGGGUUAAUGGACUGGUGUAUGCUGUUAUUGGGAUUUUGUGUACGGUUUGUGGGGUGGCGUAUGUGGUUGCGAGGGUUUAUUUGGUGGUGGAGGCGUUUGCUAGUAUUAGGAAGUUGCCGGUUGGCGCGUAUGGGACGCCGGAUUGGACGGUGGUUGUGCCGCAUUUGUAGUUUGUUUUUUGUUUUUCUUUCUUUUUGUCGGGAGGGAGAUGAUUUGAGAUGAAUGUUUAGAUUUUAGAUGAAGUUUGUUGGUGGUGAGGAGAGGUAAGAAAUGGUAUCAAGAGUUGAAUAAAUUCACCGGAUGGCAUCAAGACGAAAUUCAAUAUAAAUGUAAUCAUGUUAUGAUCAACAGAAGAUUGUAUGAUCUAUUCUAGACAGACUUCUAUAAAGUAAU